AAUACUCAUGUGCCAAAUCCGUUAUAUCUCUUCCCUCAAGUUCAAGUUUUCACCUUAACAAGAGCGACACCGAUUAUUGUGACAGUUGUGUCACUGGACAUCCUUACACUUCUGAUGUCUGCAUCUUGGGUAGCCUUUAUCGUUCCAUUUUAUAAGAAAAAACGAACAUUUAUCCCUAAAGACAAGACUUAUGCAGAGGCGCUUUCUUCUCUACCUCUGUAUUCAGGAACACAAUCUAAAACUCCAUGGGCAUCCAUCUACCUUGCUGGUGGAUGUGCAUUUAUUCAAGCUGCUCAAUUCAACAUGUUCUCCAAUUCAAUGUGGCCUUACUUACGGAAGCUAAAUCCCGAAGCAGUGGAAACUCAAUACGGCCACAUCACGGCGUUAUACAGUUUUGGACAAUGUAUAAUGGCACCUCUGUUUGGAUUUUGGAGCAAUCGAAUAGAGCAGGUUCGAAUACCUCUUCUAGCUGGUUUCGCAUUUAUGAUGGUGGGCAAUUUUCUCUACUUUCUGCUUGAUAUUUUCGAACCAUCUAAUACCGUCUUUGUUAUGAUGGUAGCACGAUUUAUUGCUGGCUGUGGAACAGGAAACAUGACCCUCCUGAGGGCUUACGUGGCUACGUCAUCAUCCAGGCAAGAUCGCACACGCGCCAUCGCCUUUGUGAGCGGUGGAAUCGCUACUGGAACGCUCAUUGGACCAGCGUUCCAGCUGCUUUUCACGCCUCUUGGAUCAGAUGGAGUCCCGGCUUUGCCAUUUCUUCGGCUGAGCAUCUAUAACACCCCCGCUUUAUUUGCAUUACUGCUGAAUAUAUUAGGAUUUUUGGCAAUUGUAUUCAUCUUCGAGGAAAACUACGACGUACUUCAAGGCGUCAGCAAU